UAGCAAUUAAUUGUGUUUGUUGUGACAAUGGGUUUUGACAAAAACUGUUUUGUCACUGUAUAUUAAAAAUACAGUUAUUAUGAUAAAAUAAAUUUUAUCAUAAUAUGUAAAAAUAUUGUGAAUAAUUUUAUUUUUCAGCAAUUAAGCGAAAUUAAAUGAUAUUGUGAUUAAUAAAUGUUUUGUCACCAUGGAAUUGAAAAAAAAAAUUAUGAUAACAGGUUUAAAUGGGUUAUGAAAUUAUAUUUUAUUUUGAUAAAAAAAGGUAUAUGACAAUUAAGAUUCAAAUAUCCAAAUUAGGUUAAUCGAAGCACUCUUCAUUAGGGAAAAACUUUUUUUGCUGAAUAUUGACACCACACUACCGCAUCAAUUCCAUACGUUUGUACGCUUCUCACGCCGCCGCACUUUCAUUGAUUUGUGUUUGUUGAUGCUUAUUUGUCCAGGUAUUUUUUAACUUAUGAAAAGAGACUAAAUUGAUUAAUGUAGGAUGAAUUUCACAUUCAAAUUGCUUAUUUGUUCAAUUGAUAAUUUAAUUUUUUAACUGAUUCGUACAAACUCGAGGUCGGGCUUAAAACUCGACGACUUAUCACCUAUUCUCGAGUUUAUUAGCUCAGUAAAAUCAAGAACUCGAGGUUUUGCUUCCAUUUCGUCGAGUAUUAAGACUUACAUCAAGUUUGUGCUUUGACAGAGAUAAAAAAGUCCAGUUAAGGAUGUAACUCGUCGAAUAUUAAGCAUGACAUCGAGUUUAACAUUGCAAACGACGUAUAAACUCGAGUUAAGUUUAAAAAUUCGUCGACUAUAUAGGCUGACCUCGAGUAUGUUUUAACAGUAACACUAACCAAAUGUUAGCCUUGUUUUAGAACUGCAGGUAGUUCAGGGAAAGAAAUUGGAUAUAUUUUUAAAAUAGCUAACGGUAUCUGAUUUGUAAUGGGGACGCCAUCAGACAAAAGUUGGAUGACGUCGUACCGAUUUAGUUCAUGUUAUAUUCAAGGGGUCAAAAAUUUUCUGAAUGUUGCAAAAGACUUUACUGAUUCAAAUGGAAGAGUUCGGUGUCCAUGCAAGAACUGCAUCAAUAUUUAUUUGAAGCCAUUGCAAGAAGUAAAAAUGGAUCUAUAUCAAUAUGGAAUUAGUGAAAACUACACAAACUGGGUGCACCAUGGUGAGACUUCUCAACCUCGUGAUAGUUUAGAUGGCUCUAUUAAUUCGGACAAUGAAUUGGAGGAUAGUGGAAAUGAUGUUUCAGAAAUGUUAGAUGAUAUGUGUAAUGCAACUUUUAUGGACACCGACAUGGAAGACAAACUUCCCAAUCAAGAUAAUAACAUGCUAGAAGGAGAAGUAGCAAAAUUUGCUAAAUUGUGGAAUGAUUCUCAUUGUGAACUAUAUCCUGGAAGUCAAAAAUAUUCAAAGCUCUCUUUUCUUCUUAAGAUGAUUAAUAUCAAAGCACUCACAAAUUCUAGUAAUAAGUCAUUUUUUUCGAAUUUGGAGUUGUUCAAGGAUGCACUCCCGAGAGGAGAAACCCUUCCAAGCUCAAGUUAUGAGGUUAAAAAAUUGAUGCGUGAUUUAGGACUCGGUUACGUAACUAUUGAUGCUUGUGUAAAUGAUUGUGUGCUAUUUUGGAAGGAAAAUGAAAAUCUUGACACGUGUCCAACUUGUAAGGCCCCUAGAUGGAAAUUAGGUUUCGGAAAACGCAAGAAGGUUGCUCAAAAAAUUCUUAGACACUUCCCUUUAGUACCUAGACUUCAGAGGUUAUUUAUGUCUAAAGAUAUUGGUGAAAAUAUGAGGUGGCAUAAGGAGAAACGUGUAGAUGAUGAUACGAUUAGACAUCCAGCUGAUGCUACGGAAUGGAAAGAUUUUGACCAGAAAUAUGCUUGGUUUGGCAAAGAUGCUCGUAACGUGCGACUUGGGCUUGCUAGUGAUGGAUUUAACCCUUUUGGAAAUAUGAGCACGAGUUAUAGCAUGUGGCCGGUGAUUGUGACGCCAUAUAACUUACCACCAUGGAAAUGCAUGAAGGAGAAUUUUUUGAUGUUAUCUUUGCUUAUUCCUGGUAAAGAAUCUCGCGGAAAUAAUAUCGAUGUAUAUUUAAGGCCAUUAAUUGAUGAGUUAAAAGAGUUAUGGGAGACCGGUGUGACAACAUAUGAUGCAUAUAGCGGUAAGAAUUUUCAAUUACAUGCUGCAUUAUUAUGGACAAUAAAUGACUUUCCAGCAUAUGGAAUGUUAUCUGGAUGGAGCACAAAAGGAAAAUUGGCAUGUCCUGUGUGUAAUAAGUGGACGUGUUCGCUAACAUUAAAAAAUGGAGUGAAGCAAUGUUACAUGGGUCAUCGGAGAUAUUUACAUGCCCAACAUUCUUGGAGAAAAAGCAGAAAAUUUGAUGGCAAACCAGAGCACGGGUCAAAGCCUGAAGAGUUGUCAGGAGAUGAAGUUCUAAGGCAAUUAGAUUUGCUUCCAAAAAGCCUUGUUUUUGGGAAGACACCUAACCAAAAAAAGCGUGCACGUGGUCCUGAAGAGCUCAAUUGGACAAAGAGAAGUAUAUUCUUUGAAUUGCCUUACUGGAAAACAUUAAAAUUACGUCAUAAUUUAGAUGUAAUGCAUAUUGAGAAGAAUAUAUGUGAAAAUAUAUUGGGUACGUUGAUGAAUAUUGAUGGAAAAUCUAAGGAUAACAUUAAGGCUCGAAUGGAUUUAGAAGCAAUGGGUAUAAGAAAAGAGUUACAUUUACAGCAAAAGGGAAAUAAAUUUUUUAUGCCACUUGCUUGUUAUACAUUACCGAAGCCUGAAAGGAGAAAGUUUUGCGAAUGGUUGCAGUCAAUCCGGUUGCCAGACGGAUAUGCUUCCAAUCUUUCUCGAUGUGUAAGUGUUCAGGACUGCAAAGUUAUGGGGAUGAAAAGCCAUGAUUAUCAUAUAUUCUUGCAACGGUUACUUCCAGCAUCAAUUUGUGGGUCUUUGCGUAGUGAGGUUUACACUGCAUUAUCAGAGUUGAGCUCUUUCUUUAAGGAGCUUUGUUCGAAGACUUUAAAAAGAUCUACAGUUAAAAAGUUGCAGAGCGAUAUCAUUUUGAUAAUAUGUAAACUUGAGAUGAUAUAUCCUCCAUCUUUUUUCGUGGUAAUGAUGCAUUUGGCAAUUCAUCUGCCACGUGAAGUAGAAUUAGGAGGCCCUGUUCACUAUAGGUGGAUGUACUUUAUUGAGAGGUUCUUACGUACUUUGAAAAAUUAUGUACGUAACUUAGCUCGACCGGAGGGUUCAAUUGCUGAAGCGUAUAUCACUAAAGAAUGUUUGAACUUUUGUUCACUGUAUUUUCAUGGUGUUGAGACAAUAUAUAAUCGCGUUGAGAGAAAUAAUUUUCCUGUGCAAAUAGGAGUGGAAAAUGGAUUUUCCAUAUUUUCAAACAAUGCAAGACCUUUAGGAGCUACAGAAUAUAAAACGUUAUCCCAUUCUGAUUUUGAAAAAUUGCAGUGGUAUGUGCUUAACAAUUGUGAGGAUGUUGAUGAAUAUCUUAAGAUUCACAUUGAGGAAUUACAAAAGGAAAGUGUUAUAGAUGUGCAAAAAAGACACCAGGCAGGAUUUGCCAGUUGGUUCAAGGAGUGUGUUGGACGCUUACGUGCUACUGGUUUGGUUGCAGCAACAGAUCAUAUAUAUGCGUUGGGAUUAGGUCCUGAUAUACGAAUUGCUAGGUACAGUGGGAUAAUUGUCAAUGGAGUUAGGUUUCACACAGUUGAGCGUGAUAAUUUUCGUCGGACUCAAAAUAAUGGAGUUUCAGUUACGGGAGAGCAUAAGUCGAAAGAAAUCGAGUUUUAUGGUGUGCUAACAGAUAUCAUUGACCUCCAAUAUGUUAAUGGGAAUCAUGUUUUCUUGUUUAAAUGUGAUUGGUGGGAUGUUGGCGAUAAAAAUGGAAUUAAAACAGAUGGCAACUUAGUUUCUGUUAAUGUGAGCCGUAAAUGGUAUACAGGUGAUUCUUUCGUGUUGAGUUCUCAAGUACAACAGGUUUUUUAUGUCAGCGAUAUGAAAAAUGGAGGUCAUUGGAAAAUUGUGCAAAAAUCAUUUCACAGGAAUAUAUUUGAUGUGCCAGAAAAGGAAAAAGUGUGCAAUGAAGAUUCAAUAUUGAAUGAUGAGCCCUAUCAGCAAUACGAGGCAGAUAAUAGUCAUGAAGUCGAUCAAAAUGGUGGUGAAAAUUUGGAACUCUUGCAUCCUAUAGAUGUAUUACCGGAUGAAGUUGAUGUUGGUCAAAUGUUUCAAGGUCAAAACUCAAACCCGAUUUAUUCUAGCGAUGAGGAGGAUGAUACUACGAUCAAUUAUGAUGAUGCCGACACUGAUGUACUAGAAGACUCAAAUGACAGUGACAAUGAAGACGAAGACGAUGAUUAGUGACUGAAAUUUACCGCUUAUUGAACUCUUUUUGGAUUCUUGUAGCUUGUUUGAAAGUAUGAAUUUUACUGAGAGAUGCUUUUUUAUAUUGCCUUGAAUGUAGAUUGUAGAAUUUUGGUGUUUUAUGGCAGUAGUUAUGCAGCCCAACAUGAAAUUUGUGGAAAA